UGAACUUCUAUUUAUACGGCCCUUCCCCCUCUUCUUUUUCCUAAGUACUUCACAGUUGCCUUUGUUCAUCAAGAUCUUCCUCUCUUCCUCUCAUUUUCUCAUUAACAACAGAAACUUCUCUCUCAAGAUCAUCAAUGGCUUGCUUAGAGUUGUGUAAGGAGAGGAAGUUCAAAGAUGAACAAGAAGAAUGCACCCAAGAUGGAACUGUUGAUUGGAGAGGCCAGCCUGCAAUCAAAGCCAAAACUGGACAAUGGGUUGCUGGAAUCAUCAUACUCUUGAAUCAAGGCUUGGCAACCCUGGCAUUCUUCGGGGUAGGGGUGAACUUGGUGCUGUUCCUCACCAGGGUGAUGCAACAGAACAAUGCUGAUGCUGCCAACAAUGUUAGCAAAUGGACUGGAACUGUCUACAUCUUCUCCCUCGUCGGCGCCUUUGUCAGUGAUUCCUACUGGGGAAGAUACAAAACCUGUGCUAUCUUUCAGCUCAUCUUUGUCAUAGGUUUGAUGUUACUGUCACUUUCAUCAUACCUGUUCUUGAUCAGACCGAACGGGUGUGGAAAUCAGCUUACUCCAUGUGGGUCUCAUUCAAGCUUGGAGAUGGGGUUGUUUUAUCUCUCAAUCUACUUGGUUGCACUAGGCAAUGGAGGGUACCAACCCAACAUUGCUACAUUGGGGGCUGAUCAGUUUGAUGAAGAGGACCCUAAGGAAAGCCACUCAAAGGUCACAUUUUUCAGCUACUUUUACCUAGCUCUGAACCUUGGUUCCCUCUUCUCCAACACCAUAUUGGGGUACUUUGAGGAUGAAGGUAUGUGGGCACUUGGGUUCUGGGCGUCUACAGCUUCUGCUCUUGCAGCAUUGGUUCUGUUUCUUGCGGGAACCACUAGGUACAGGCGGUUCAAGGCCUCUGGCAAUCCACUCUCCAGGUUCUCUCAAGUCAUUGUAGCUGCAACGAAGAAGUGGAGGGUAGAUGCGCCACCAGAGGCAGACCUGUAUGAUGGGGACAGAGAAGACUGUUCCAUCAAUGGUAGUAGAAAGAUACUCCACACGGAUGAAUUCAAUUUUUUGGACAAAGCAGCUUAUGUAACGACGGUUGAAUUGAAUGACCAGAAGCAGGGCAUGCGCAACCCCUGGCGUCUUUGCCCCGUUACACAAGUGGAAGAAGUUAAGUGCAUACUGAGACUACUCCCUAUUUGGCUCUGCACCAUCGUUUACUCAGUGGUCUACACACAAAUGGCCUCCAUCUUCGUAGAGCAAGGCGCUGCCAUGAAAACAACCAUCUCAAAGUUUCGGAUACCGGCUGCAAGCAUGUCCGCUUUCGACAUCCUCAGCGUGGCACUCUUCAUAUUUCUUUACAGGAGAGUUCUUGAUCCAGUUGUGAGCAGGAUAAAAAAAAAGGAUACCAAGGGAUUUACCGAGCUUCAGAGGAUGGGAGUUGGCCUUGUCAUUGCAAUAAUGGCAAUGGUUGCGGCUGGAAUUGUGGAGUGUUACAGACUGAAAUACGCUGACACAAACUGCUUUCACUGUGAAGGCUCAAGCUCCUUGAGCAUAUUCUGGCAAGUUCCUCAAUAUGCAUUGAUAGGAGCAUCUGAAGUCUUUAUGUAUGUCAGUCAGCUGGAAUUCUUCAACGCACAAACACCAGACGGGUUAAAGAGCUUUGGGAGCGCACUCUGCAUGACAUCAAUCUCACUGGGAAACUAUGUCAGUGACUUGCUAGUAAGUAUGGUAAUGAAGAUAUCUACCGUAGAUCACAUGCCAGGAUGGAUCCCAGGCAAUCUCAAUAAGGGUCACCUGGAUAGGUUCUACUUCCUUUUGGCUGGGUUAACAAUAAUAGACUUAAUAUUCUAUGUGUUAUGUGCAAGAUGGUAUAAGUGUAUCAAGCUGGAAGGAAAAGAUGCAGGAAAAAAUGAUCAAGACCAGUAUGGAGUCUGAUGCAUGUACAUAGUACGCUCAUAGUAAGACCCGCUAAGGCUAUUUGAAAUAAAAGGAAGGAGUUGGUGAGGAAAACUUUGUUGAGAGUUUCUGUUAAAAGAAAAAAAAUGGGUUUUAGGAGAGUAAGGUCGUUUUUGCUCUUAACUCUACCAUUCCCAUUUUGUAAGAACUAACAGAGUCUGCAACCUUAUCAAUGCCUUUAGCAAUAUAAUAGCACUUAUCACUGCAUUAUGUUAAGGUUUAAGAUUUAAAUCAAAUGCAUUAAUUCAUACUCAUGUGUGUUAACUGCUUGUUUCAAGUGAGAGCUGUAUCUGUGAUUAUAGGAAGAAAUGCUUUUUGCAAAUAAAUGAAAAGAUUCCUUCUAUGUAUUUGUGGUUCUAAUUUCGUCUAAAAGAAUUUUUUUCUACUCAGACUUGGAAACGCAAAUACAUGAUUGUUAACAAAUUAAAAUAAUACAUGGUCUAACUGCUAGCUACUGCUUAGUAAGUUCUAUGAGAAAAGCCUCUUUGCAAGUACAAGAUCAAGCCCGCACCUUACGAACUUGGAUGUGAUGAGUGGAUUCUUCCCGCCAGAUUGGUUGUGCUCCACUCUGGACCAGUGUAACAUGCUCUCCCUCUUUCACCAAAUUUUUAUCCUGAAUUGUAGGAAAUUGUUUUAAAAAAAUGUUUAUCCACAUGAAAAUGUUGAUCCAAGAAGAUAUAAAGGGUGUGGUCUAAU